AUGUCUAGUGACAAGUCCGGUUAUCCGAUUGUGAGCGUGAACCCUCGCCCCAUUUGGCGCCUCCGGAUGGAAAACCGCGAAGUAUACCAGAUCCCCGAAGACUUUGUCGACAAAUACAUUUUCAAAAUCGUCGACAAACUCAUAGCCCUGAUUCGUGGCCCCACUUAUAACCACGAUCUCAGUUUCGCGACGUUUGUAAUCAAUGAGUUUUUCAUUUCUUUCGAUACCGACGUUUUGGAUUUUUUGAAAUUGCACCAACUCGAGCUUAUUUACCCUUUGGUUCGAGAAGGUGUCAUCGUGUCGCUUAAACGCAACGCCAAACAUGUCCAAAUGUGCGACAUUCAGCCGAGUCUCGCCGUGAGGUACAAAGUGUGGACUGUGGGGACCUCACUCGACUUUUUCCUGCAAAACAGGGAGCGUCUAAGGAGGUUCAGCACCCAGAAAUGGGUGCGCUCGCGGAUUUUGGAACACAGCAAGAUGAGAAAGGACGAGCGACCUGGAGGGCAAUUAUUAAAUUUACCAAGCUGUUGAUGAUGGUUCAUUUUGAUUAAAUAAAUUCAUUACAAGUGUG